AUGUUCGGUGUGUGUGACCUGACAGUGACAGACGACACAGUGCUCGAAGAGCACAAUGUCGACCCAACCCUCGUACAAAUGCGUCUCAUAGGAGAUGGGGUGGUGGAGUCUAUAAUGCGAGGCGAGAACGUGGGUAUCACCCCCCGAAGGUCACGAUCUACCGCCGUGCUCCAGGCACAACAACACCACCACCACCAUAAUAAUCGUCAGCAACAGCACCUGCCCAUUACGGGUCGUAUUCUAGGUAGUCAUCGGGGAAUAGCGUCGACUGGACAGCUAGCCCCGGUUGCUAACAAAAGGUCUACACCUAUUCGCGUUAGGAAAAGGGCUUCAUUAAGCGAACCUGUGUUAAGCCGUAGUUCAGGACCGUAUCCGGAUUCAACCGACAAAGGUACGUAAUGUGUAAUAGAACUGAUUGCAAUUAGUCUUGUUCUUCCUGCUCAUCGAAAGGUCGUAAGUCUGUUUUCUGUUUUUUUUUGUUUUAUAUUCUAAAAUUACAUAAAUAGGUAAGGUAAAACGAUCACUAGACCUAAAAAGAUCGAUGGGAUUCUCGCGCCAAAUGUAUCGUAUAAACCAGCGGUC